CACUUUCCUGAGCACAGUAUAUUAAGUGUAAAAUUCAAGGUAUGUGAGAAGUGCUCAGCGCGCUCACAGCUCUGCAGUGUGGUUAUAUUGUGCCAUUAACUACAUUGUAACCAAACUACGCAUGAAUGAAUCAUCCUGCGGAAAACACAUGUCAACUUCAAUUACAAGUAUGGUUUACCUUGCAAAACAAAUGCGCCUCAGACAGUGUAAACAAUGUGAAAUCUAAAGAAUGAUUUUUUGCAGAAAACUCGCGCUUCAUUGCGCGUAAAUCAACUGUCCUGCUCCUUUUGAGACGUGAUCUUGACACACGCUUUAUUGGGAAGCGCUCACGUGCUUCACGUUUAUAGAAAGGUUAAAAACGUCAUCUCUAGGCUAUUCAAAAUGGGCUGGGGGCUCUUUUGUCCGUUUCCCUCCUAAAAUCACUGAAGACCGUACAGCCCCUCCCAUAAACCCCCUGCACACCCCGCGCGCGUUCGGGCUUCACCAAUCAGAGCGCAGCGAGGUCCAGAUAAAAGCAGCGGCCGCGCUCCCGUCUUCUCAGUGUCCUGAUCCCGAUCAGAAACAUGCCUGAACCCGCCAAGUCCGCGCCCAAGAAGGGCUCCAAGAAAGCCGUGACCAAGACCGCCGGGAAAGGCGGCAAGAAGAAGAGAAAGACCAGGAAGGAGAGCUACGCCAUCUACGUGUACAAGGUGCUCAAGCAGGUCCACCCCGACACCGGCAUCUCCUCCAAGGCCAUGAGCAUCAUGAACUCUUUCGUCAACGACAUCUUUGAGCGCAUCGGCGGAGAGGCCUCCCGCCUGGCGCACUACAACAAGCGCUCCACCAUCACCUCCAGGGAGAUCCAGACCGCCGUGCGUCUCCUGCUGCCCGGAGAGCUGGCCAAGCACGCCGUGUCCGAGGGCACCAAGGCCGUCACCAAGUACACCAGCUCCAAGUAAACUGCUCCAACACAAUAUACACACACAACGGCUCUUUUAAGAGCCAC